CUUCAGCUCCAUUAGCAUCAGGAGCUAAUCCUGCUAACGGCUAGCGGCUAGUGGCGCUAUGAUGGCGGAGCUGGUGCAGGGACAGGCCUCGAUGAACCAGCCGGGGCUGAAGUCUGACGGCCUGGCCGAUGUCUUACAGAGGGCCCGGCAGAUGGUGGGGAAGAUGGGAGGAGAAGCCAUGUCCCACCUCAAUAGCUCCUCAGGAAGUGUUGAGCCUUCGCUGUACUACCCCGGACAGAAGAGACCCGGAGAGGACGGAGGUAACCAGCUCGCAGCCAUGGGCCAUCAAAGCAGGGUAAUCACAGAGGAUUACAAGGUUCCUGACAGAAUGGUGGGCUUCAUUAUCGGCAGAGGAGGAGAACAGAUCACCAGGAUCCAGCUGGAGUCGGGUUGUAAGAUCCAGAUCGCUGCUGACAGUGGAGGUCUGAUGGAGAGGCCAUGUUCCCUGACUGGAACUCCAGAGAGCAUUGAGCAGGCGAAGCGGCUGCUGGUCCAGAUCGUGGAUCGCUGUAGAAAUGGCCCCGGUUUCCAUGGCGACGGGGAGGGCGGGGCCUCGGUGCAGGAGAUGCUGAUCCCGGCCAGCAAAGUGGGGCUGGUGAUUGGCCGGGGAGGAGACACCAUCAAACAGCUGCAGGAGCGAGCCGGGGUGAAGAUGAUGAUGAUCCAGGACGGUCCGAUGCCGACGGGAGCCGACAAACCUCUUCGCAUCUCUGGAGACCCAUACAAAGUGCAGGCGGCCCGGGAGCUGGUGUUGGAGGUGAUCCGGGAGAAAGACGGAGAUUUCAGGUCGGGACGUAACGACUUCAGCGCCCGACUGGGGGGAGCCAGCCUGGACGUUCCAGUUCCACGGUUCGCUGUUGGCAUCGUGAUCGGCAGAAACGGAGAAAUGAUCAAGAAGAUCCAGAACGAUGCUGGAGUCCGAAUCCAGUUUAAAGCAGAUGACGGCAUCAGUCCGGAGCGUGUUGCCAUGGUGAUGGGUCAGCCGGACCGCUGUCAGCACGCUGUCCACCUCAUCAACGAGCUCAUCCAGACCGCUCAGGAGCGGGAUGGUUUUGGCUCCGCCCUGCGAGGUGGGCGGGUCAGAGGGCGAGGCGAAUGGACGAUGGGCUCACCUGGUCCUCUUCAGGAAGUCACCUACACCAUCCCUGCUGACAAGUGUGGCCUGGUCAUCGGUAAAGGUGGAGAAACCAUAAAGAGUAUUAACCAGCAGUCUGGAGCUCAUGUGGAGCUGCAGAGGAACCCUCCACCCUCCACCGACCCCAACACCAGGGUCUUCACCAUCAGAGGCACCGCCCAGCAGAUGGACCUUGCCCGCCAGCUUAUAGAUGACAAGAUCGGGGGUUCAGGGAUCAUGAGUAACGGAGGGUUUGGCUUCAGUCCCUUCACCCAGGGUCCUGCUGCUCACCAGAACUGUGGCAGCGGGCAGACCUUCCUGACCGGAGUUUGGGGAAAUACCUACCAGACCAGCUGGCAGAACCCUGGACAGCAAGACCCUGGUCACAGUGUGGCUCAGACAGGACAGAUGGACUACUCUAAAGCAUGGGAGCAGUACUAUAAGAAGCUAGGUCAGCAGAACCAGCCUCAGAGCUUGAUGACAGACUACAGUAAGGCCUGGGAGGACUACUACAAGAAACAGACAGGCCAGUCGUCCCAGCAGAGUUCGGUGCCAGACUACACUGCAGCGUUAGCAGAAUACUACAGACAGCAGCCCUACCUGUGGAACCCCGCCCAGAUACAGGAUCACUAGAGGCUCCUCCCCUCGCCGGCGAAGGCCUCGGAUGGUCGUCAACGGCAACCGAAUCGGGGUUUCCUAGCAACGCUCUGCCGCUUCCUCCUUCCUUUUUGUAGAGAAAAACUAAGGAUUAACUGAAAAAUCACGAACUCUUUUCUUUCUGUUUUUUAACCUUACAAAGUCGAUAUUUUGUCGGGCCGAUUUUUUUGGACUAGCCUCUGGUCUCUCCACAUGUAGACCUGGUUUUUCUUUUUGUUUUAUUUUUUAUCAAACUUGAACUUAAAGAUGUAUCAGUGUGGCUUUGAACAGAACAAAUCCAGUAUAAUCUAUAUUUUGUCUAGUUUUAUUUUCCGAUAAGAAAACGGUAUAAGGCUUAGCAGUCUUGAGUAAGAAAAUCAGAUAUUAUUAUUAUUAUUUUGUUUAUGAUAAUGUUUUAAAGCAUGCGUCAGAUUGUGUGUGUUGACUCUCAGUUAUUUUUGUUUUUUAUUUUGGCAUAGAAAUAUUUUAAUAGCGUCGGAUGGAAAUGUAAUGUUUUACCGUCAGAGACUGUUUUUUGUACUAAAUCUGUGCUCGCUGGGUCUGUUUGUUCUAAUUUUACCUGUUUAGUCGCCAUCUUGGAGGUGCAAUGACGCGUUUCUUGUUUUCUUUUGGUUUGAUGAUAGUUCUUAUUCCUGUAUCUCUAUAGUGAUUUCUUUAGGUUUUAUGAUGUAUUGAUGAAUAAAUGACGAUUUAUAUUGUGUUUGUCUAAAGCCAGAUCUCUCUGUGGUCAAACACUUCCUCACAGGGUUUAACCUCCAGCUGACACCACGUUUUCCCGCCUCCACUUUCGUUACGAAAAGGCGGGAAAUUGCUAUUUUCUUACAGUGAAACUUUAUUAUUGUUGUUGUAACCUAGUUCUGCAUUUCUGCUUUGCCGUUUUUUUUUUCUUUUGUGGGAGAAAUGUUCAGAGCUGAAGAAUGAAGUUAAAGAAUCUAUUAGCAGUGUGUUAGCCUAACUAACGUGUUGGCUAAAUGUGCUAGUUCGCUGAUUGAUGUUUGUUAGCAGAAAGGUGUGCGUUACCUCAGCUGUGGGUUAGCUGAAUGAAUGUUUCUGUUAGCUGCAAGCUGUGCUUUAUUAGCUGAGUGGUGCCUGAUAGCUGAAUGCUAACAGAAAAGAUGUGCUGUCUGGAACUUAUGCUAGGCGUUGAAUGUUGGUGUUUUUUACUGAAUAUACAUGUGACAUAUGUUAAGCUCAAUGAACUUGGUGACUGACCUGUUAGUUUGUCUGGUGUAUAGCCAUUAGCUAACUUGUGCGCUAACUUGGUGAUCUGCUGCACUCAGCUAAAUCAAACAGACCGUAAAUAGUGAGAGAAAUCUUUCAUUCCAUCAUACUUUUUACCAAACUGGAGACAAAAUAGCUACAAAGAUCUUGUGCUGGUGUUAGCAGCGAAAUAUUAGCAUUAAUUCAAUCAGUUCUACUAAUUAAUCUAAAUUUGACUUCCUCACAAAUUAUCUAGUUUAACUAGCAUCAAAUAACAAAUAAGCCUCCGAGAGUUUAGCAUUGGCUGAGUGUUCGUUGGUAAGACAUAGAGAAAACGGUGUAUUGUAGCUACAUAGAGCUGAAUCUGACUUACAAAUGUUAGCUGAAUGUGUUAGCAUUGUGUUUUUUGGCAGAAGAUUGCGUUAGCUAACUGAGCAUUGUGUUUGCUCGCUGAGUGUUGUUUUGUUGGCUCAACAUUGUGUUAGCUAACUGAGCAUUGUGUUUGCUAGCUGAACAUUGUUACCUGAGCAUUGUGUUUGCUAGCGUUGUUUGCUAGCUGAACGUUGUAUUUGUUAGCUUGGCAUUGCGCUUGCUAGCGUUGUCCUUGCUCACGCUGUUUGGUAUCUGAGGGUUGUGCUUGCUAGUGCUGUGUUUGCUAGCGUUGUUUGCUAGCCCUGUGUUUGCUAGUGUUGUGUUUGCUAGCUUUCCGUGUCGGACCACAGAGAGGUUUGUCUUGCUGAGGGACUUCUGGCUGUUGUUGAGUUGAAUUUGGAAUCAGUGGUUCUGCUUCUUGUGUGCGUGACGAUGAUGAUGAUCAUAAUUAUGAUAAUAAUGCGUUCUCCUAUUUGGUGGUCUAUUUAAAUCUGUUUAUCCUCUUCUGAAUAUUCAGUUUGUCAGUGAGAUGAUGGUUUGUGUAAAUUUCCACUCUCUGGCGGGUGCUCUCCAGUUAAAAAUGUUCUUUGUUAUCCUGUUAAAAAUGAUAUUGUUUAAUUCACAUGUUGUGUCUAACCGAUUUGCAAAGAGAAGCUGAGUAUGUGUUAUUUUCUCAAGACUGCUAGGCUAACUGUCUCUAUCUCCUCUCCGUGUUUGUCUGUCCGUUUAGUCGCCGCUACGCUAACAAGCUGCCGUUCAACACGCCUGUAACCGGACCGUGUGAUUCCAGAUGUGUUGAAGAUCUGCGGCUUGUUAGCGUAGCGGCUAGCAGGGAGAAGAGCUGUAGUGAAGGGCUUAAAAUGCCCCCAGAUGUAUUAAAACCACCGGGUCGAUACUGGCCGGGUCCGGUUCCAGGCCUCGCCGAGCCUCCCAACGUCCCAGAACCAGGACCGGACCCGGCCGUCCACUCUGGCUUAGAUCUUCCUAGUCCUGAGCCCCGGUCCUUCAGGGGGCGGGGAGCUUUUGGUUUCAUGGUUUCUGUUGUUUUUCUAAUGGACACACGUCCAAACUGUAACCUGCAGAUUUUUCUAUUAGAUUCUAUUGACAGAUAGAGUUGUGUAUGAACCCGAGCCACGAGACUGUCGGUGGCCGAGGAUGAGGAGGGUGAUGAUGAUGAUGAUGAUUAACAUGAGGGCUAAUAAACAGGCUCAUUCUUUCUGA